GCAGGUUUAGAGGGACUCUCUCUCUUUAACACCACCAAGCUGCGUUCCAUACCUUCCCUCCCUCCCUCCCUUCUACAUCUUCAAAAAAUAACCCUGCUUGGAUAGCCAUGGCGCAAGUCAGUUACAGCUCCCGCUCAGCAGCUGGCCCCGGGGGGUAUAGCCAGGUCCGAGUCAGCACUGUCUCUUCAUCUCGCGGCGUCGGAGGGGGCUCCAGCUUUAGGAAACCUGGUGGCUUUGGCAGCUCCAGCCUCUACAGCUUUGGCUCUGGGGGCAAGAAGAUCUCCACCGGUGGUGGAGGAAGCUUCUACGGUGGCCUGUCCUCGAGUGCUCGCUUGGGCGGUGGUUAUGGAGGUGGUUAUGGAGGUGGUUUUGGAGGAGGCUAUGGAGGAGGCUAUGGCGGUGGGCUUCAGUCUCCAGGGAUUCAAGAGGUCACCAUCAACCAGAGCCUCCUGGCCCCUCUUAACUUGGAGAUAGACCCAACCAUCCAGAAGGUACGCAAGGAGGAGAAGGAGCAGAUUAAGACCCUCAACAAUAAAUUUGCUUCCUUCAUUGACAAGGUCCGAUUCCUGGAGCAGCAAAACAAAAUGCUGGAGACCAAAUGGAGCCUCCUGCAGGAUCAGAAGACCACCCGAAGCAACAUGGCUCCCAUUUUCGAAUCCUAUAUCGGUAACCUGCGGCGGCAGCUUGACGGCCUGGUGAAUGACAAGGGACGCCUGGAGGGAGAGCUGAAGAACAUGCAGGAUCUCGUGGAGGAUUUCAAGAACAAAUACGAAGAUGAAAUCAACAAGCGCACAACCGCAGAGAAUGAAUUUGUGAUCCUCAAGAAGGAUGUUGAUGCUUCCUACAUGAACAGAGUGGAGCUGGAAGGCAAGGUGGAUGGAUUGACUGAUGAAAUAAACUUCCUGAGAUCUCUCCACGAAGCAGAGCUGCAUGAGAUGCAGACACAGAUCUCUGACACUUCCGUGGUCCUUCAAAUGGACAACAACCGAAACUUGGACCUGGACAGCAUCAUUGCUGAGGUUAAACAACAGUAUGAGGAAAUCGCCACCAAGAGCAGGCAGGAGGCAGAAUCCUGGUACCAAACUAAGUUUGAAGCCCUGCAAGCCAGUGCUGGGAAGCACGGAGACGACCUGCGUAGCACAAAGACUGAGAUUGCUGAAAUUAACCGCAACAUACAGAGGCUGCAGGCUGAGAUCGAUAACAUGAAAAAUCAGCGUGCCAAGCUGGAAUCAGCCAUUACUGAGGCAGAGGAACGUGGGGAAAUGGCUGUCAAAGAUGCCAGGGCAAAGCUGGAGGAGCUGGAAGCUGCACUGAACAAAGCCAAGCAAGACAUGGCCCACCAGCUGCGAGAGUACCAAGAGCUCAUGAAUGUCAAGCUGGCCCUGGAUAUUGAGAUCGCCACCUACAGGAAGCUGCUGGAAGGAGAGGAGAGCCGGCUGUCCGGUGAUGGAGUUGGUGCUGUGAACAUCUCUGUGGUCAACUCCAGUGCUGGUGGUUAUGGCAGCGGUGGUGGUUAUGGCAGCGGUGGUGGUUAUGGCUAUGGAGGAGGAAUCAGCCUGGGGAGUGGAAUGGGCAGCGGAGGCCUCAGCUUUUCUCCCGGAGGUGGCUCUAGCAGCAGGAAAUCAUACAGUGUGACCAGCAGCACAACUCGGCGAAGCGUCAGAAACUAAGCUCUGAAGACCACGGUCAUCACUGCCUGAGCAGAAGAAACAGCAUCUCUACCCCCCCUUCCCCUUUCCCCACAACAAAGCAAGAAAAAAAAAUCCGUUCAUGGUCUCCCCAAAGCCACGCUGGUAGGAAGAAUUCUCACAGUCACAUAUUCUGCAAGUAUGUAAUCCCCCAGCACAGACAGCUUUGCUGUUGAUUUCAUGGACAGCAAAGCGUGAACCUCUACAAGUAGAAUACAAACCUAUAUAGGCAAAUUUCACAUUGGCUGUUUUCAGGGCAGACAUUGGCUUCUCCCCUUGCCUUCCCGAUUUUCCUAAAAGGAAAUGAAAUAUGAAAGCCCCCCAAAAUAAAACUGGAACUGUUGGCUUGGAUCCAGGAGAAAAGCUCACCUGAUCGAAGGGAUUUCCAUCAGCAGAGGAUGAUUUCUUGACCUCCUCACUGCUGCAGCCCAAAACGCCACCCUGAAAAGCUGUUCUUGGGGAACAGGGGACUCCCCACCCCACAGGAACAGAAUGGGAGUUGGAGGUUUGAAGUGGGAGGGGGGAAUCAGUGAAAAUCCCUGUCUCUUCUAUCAGCUGCAAUUUUCUGCAGGAUCCAACCUCCCCCCCCCCCGACUUCCUAUGCAAAAUUGUAUUCUGUUCCGUGAGAUGGAUUCCCAUCUGUUCUACCUUCCAGUCAGAGAAAUAAGAUUAAUAGCAAUGCAUUUGCUGUGUUGGGGGACACUGGUCAGAUGCUGGGGUUUUGAGCAGGGAAUCUUGGAGGCCCAUUUCAGACUCUUUUUCUGGGGAAUAACCCUAGAGUUCACCUUCUCUUAUUGUGCCGUGGUUCUGUGACACCUGAGAUUCCACACCACUUGUUUUCUGUCAAGGAAGGAUGGUUUUGCAAUGCUGAUAACAGAUUUUGUGCGAGAAA